AUGGCUCGCAAACCUCGAAGGCUUUUGGUGCCCUUCCUCUUUGCGUUAAUCCCCGCCAUCACCAACGUUGAUGCGAAUUACUGGCCAGAAUGGACUCGUCGAGAUCCCUGCCCAGCCAAGAUCAACGCCGUGAUCCCCGUGGGCUCACCAUUCGGCAAUCACGAGACUGUGCAUGAAGCUAUGAAAACGUGCACAAACAUCACCGAGCUAUCCAUCUAUACUGGUUUCUUCGGAUGCACCGGAUUCCCGGACCGCUACAGCCUGCCCUUUGCGCUUGACGGCAGUGAUCGCUAUCUCUCAGCUCCUCGGGUCUUGACACUAGACGCCUACGAGUUUGAUGACAUAGAGUGGCAAAAAGUUCUCCCUCCAAGGCCGCAUUGGUCGAACGACGACGGAAGCUGGCCUUCCUCGUCUUCACCCAACCCCAUCAUCGCGAUGACUGUUGAGCUAUACUAUCACACCCGCUGGUUCCUCGAUCAUCUAUCUUAUCCUCUGACGGGAAUGUUCCGCGAUUACGAAUGGUGGAGCUGGUGGAGCUCCGGCAAGGCAGCCAAGUGGUACAGAUGGAGAAGGCUACCAGUCGAGUACCGAUCAAAAGACAACAUGGAGCUAUGGCUUGAAGCCAUGGACUUUUCCCAUGUCCAUACUCUUUCCAUCAAGCAACAUAACACUCCCAAGCCAAAAGGAGACGCCCUUUUUCGUCGUUUACCACAAGCACUCACCAGUCUUCGCUCGCUCACCAUCGGCGGUCGAUGGGUGGAUUGGAAGACUGAGUUAGAGAGGUGGGAGGCCGAACCUGGACCCCUCCCAAAACAAAAAUUGAAGUCACCGAGGGCGCCCCGUGCUCUUGAGUUUACCAUGGCUUUACCGGCCUCGUCUUUGACCAAUUUUACUUGGAUCGAAAGUGCAACCGUCGAUGCAGACGUCUUCGACGCUGUGCUUCGACACCAUGGGCCAUCACUGAGACAGCUGAAGUGGAUCAAUGCAGAGGUUGAGAGAGAUCCAAGGCCUACUUUGUCAACAGAACAGCUGAAAAAUCUGGGGGAAUGGGCCCCUGAGCUGGCAGACCUAACAAUAGACUUGGACCGCGAGCAGGAGGACUGGCCGAGGGAAAAGCUCAAUGCGUUAGGGAAAAGCUUGCCCAGGCUAAAGAACCUGACACUCUACCUCAACUUGGAAGCCGUCAAUGUCAAAAACGAGACGAUGCACCCUACCACUCGCUACGACUUUCCGUUCGCGCCACAGUCUCUGGCACGGCCUCUGUUGGACGCCAACGGAGCACGCGACAUGUUUCUGUUACUCCAAGAAUCCCAGCCUGGGGAUGAACUAGAGACUGUCUUGUUCAGAGAGGGAGACUGGGAUGGCCAAGACGAUUUAGCCAUGCGCUCCUACGACCUUUGGUCGGAAGGUCUGCGUAACUGGGCAAGGUGCACCAUCCUGGGAGAAGACGGAGACCGACUCAAAGAUGGCCCGAGAUGCUACGCCGAGUACAACAUCGAGUACGAGAAAUUCAAAGAAGGUCGACAGGGGGAGGACUUAUACUAA